CCAACCCUGGUAUAAAAACAACCACCACUCUCUGCUUUGGGUGCGUUCUUUCACCGGUCGUGUAUCGGUAUGCGUGCAGUCCAACCUGGUUUGUUUGGAAAUUUCUUCACCUUCGCUUUACCGCACAAGCUAACGCCAGUGUGUAGUGCAGCGGUGAGCUUCGACGGGGCUAGUUGUUUUUCCUUUUUGUUUUGAGCCGAAUUAGUGAAAGAAAAUGAAACCCUUCGUCGUUAUCCGUAAGCUGGAAGGUCAGGAUAAUUUACAGUGCCAAAGAGUUGUGAAGGAUUUCAUUAUGGCCGGUGCCUGGGAUGCUUUCGUGUCGUGUUUGUUCCGAGAGAUAACUCUCCAACUGGUGGUCAUAGUAUGGGCCAUCCUGUUUAUAUUCUGCGGCAUUCCGUUAUAUAUGUGUUGCAUAGCGAUUCCAGUGGUCAUAGGACUGAUUCUGUUUACGACGUACGGCAGCUAUUUCAACAAAUCUAAUGAACUAGCCAUCCGAGGGGGUAACAGUAUGUGUUGGGUGGCGGAAAUUUACAAACCACUCGUUCACAACGGAUUGACCAGAGGUCUGGAAAUAGAUCAGUUCUACAGUGAUGUUCCAAACGUUGACUCUAAGGAACUGAACAAAAUGAGACGGAAAGUGGUUGGCACCAUAAGCUGCAAGAAUCAUCUCAUGCUAGAAAAUUCUGGGUGGAUAUAUCGAUUGGCAGUGUGUCCCAGGUAUCCAUUUAGAGAGAUUGCAGAACAGUUGAUUAUCAGGGUGCUGGAGAAUGCUUACGACAAUCAACUUCUUACGAUUGAAACGGCUACUUCGGAGUGUGACGAAGCCAUCAGGGAAGUUUACUUGAAGCUGGGAUUUACUCUAAGGCUUGUGUAUCAUAAGCAAAUCAUUGGAAAUACUCUGAAAAUCAUGAAAUCGCAGCUGGGCAUCGAUCCAUUUGAAUGGCAUCAAAACAGGGAACAAAUAAACGUAGAGUUGCAGUAGUCAAGUAUCGUAAUCGGACACACUCGAGCAGCUUUUGUUUCUGUUCGGUCAUUGGUUCAUAGUAUUAGGCGGGGUAAUAGGUAAGCAGCAACAAUUAAAUUAGUUUCAACUUGAAUGAACCUAAUCUCGUCUGUUUUGGGAUACUUCAAAACAGUUCAUGAUAUUUACUAUUUUGUAAGUGCAUAAUCAAUAUCGUGUUAUUUUUGUUUUCUUUGUAUCAUGUCUAACAGUUCCAUAUAAAUUACAAAUCGAAACGAAACCAA